AUGCUCAUUCUCAGUCAUAGGUUUGCACGAUGGUGCCGAGUCCGAAGUCUACGCGGCUUUGCAGCAGAUGACUGGAUGAUGAUAACGGCAGUACCACUUUUUUACACUGGGCUAAUAGUAUGCCUGAACAUCAUUGCGACAGGGGGUGGAAGCAAUCUCUUCCCACCAGAGCAGUUCUCCACUUUCACACAGAAAGAGAUUGACGAGAGAAUCAAAGGAUCCAAGAUCGUGGUCAUCUCCGAGCAAUGCAUGCUGAACGUUAUUUGGUCUUUAAAGGCCUGUAUGCUAUUCAUGUAUGCCCGCAUGCUCACUGGAACGACAAACAUGAAAUGGAUCAAAGCGGCUGCAACAUGGGUUGUUGUUGGUUGGUUAAGUGUUGAGAUUGCCUUCUUCAGUGCAUGCCAUCCAUUCACAGGAUACUGGGCAGUGCCGCCUCCAAACCCGCAAUGUACGACACUCGAGCACUUCGCGAUUGUACAAGCAGCUUUCAAUCUAAGCAGCGAUGUCCUUAUCAUCGCUGUGCCGAUACCGAUGAUCGUAUCGCUUUCUCUUCCCUUGAAACAGAAGGUUUUUCUAGGCAUACUAUUCAGCAUGGGCACUUUUGUUGGAUAUGGUAAUCUGCCUAGAAGCAAGCGUCAAAGCCGCGUACCAACAUUCAUCAAUUCCGGCUCAGAUGACAUCGAACUCGCACAUGAUAUGAAGUCAGGCGUAAGAGCAAUAUGCACCUUCGAUGAGCAGAUGCAAGAAACCGAAAAUCCGUUUAUGAGAAGAGAAGAGAUUGCGGGAACUGAUGGGAAGGGAUCGGGUACGGGAGAAGUGAGUGGCCGGAAGACAAAGAAUGGCAUUGUCCGUAUGGAUGUACAAGUUGAUACAGAAGUGGAGAUUCAGAGUGAUCGGUUGGGAAGUCAGCUGGAGUUAGGGCAAUCAAGGACAGUUCGAUGCGAAGGGCCCGAGGGACAGGCAGGAAGAUGGUAA